GUUCUGCGAUGAUUUUACUCGCUCUAGUUCGCUCCAACAGGCCAUGAACCAACCAUCCACCACACAGAACACACACAUCAUCGCAUCACCUGGCAUCACCAUCUUCCGCCUUCCGUCUUCCGCCCCCUCCUCUUACUUCUCUUCCCCUUUUCUUUAUUACAUAGCUAAGUCGCUCGAACAAUUCAAUAAUUGCUCAUGAGUGUUUAAAUAUUUAUUGAACUUGCCUCUCUUGAAGGCCAAACAUACUUCAAUUGUUUUAAAAAGGGAAGUGGAAAAAAAAGAAGAGAAAAUAGUGAAUUCUGUGAACGGUUUCGAGGCAACAGCAUCGAAACCUCAGCGAACCAGCCUCAUGUCGAUAUAAGUAUCCGAGACACAGGGACGUCUAUAAUCGGAACCUGACGAGACCCUUUUGACAUAUUUGACUACCUGAUCUACUCUACCCCGCUUCAAUCUUCAAUAUUACGGCCAAGCUAUCGAUAUUCGAAUUGAACUGAAAGAGAGACAAACUCGCCACUAUCAAAAUGGUCCUCACCCACACCACCAACCACGCCUACUCUCACCCAUUUCCGACCGUCACCCUCGCCUUCUUCCUAAGGUACUACUCGCCUCAGCUGAAUCCCUUCUCGAGCCAUGUCCUCUCCACCGACACCAUCUCGUCGCAAGUCGACCCCAAAACCGGUCGACUGCACACGACCCGCAUCCAUAUGAAAAAGACUCGUUUGCCGUCGGCUGUGGUAAAAUUACUGCCAAGCAGUGUCACGGGCGGAGGUGGCGAUAAGUCAAGCUACGUCCUCGAGACUAGCGUCGUAGAUAUUAAAGAAGGCUGGAUGAAGACUGAGAGCAAAAACCUGAACUAUACGGGAGUAUUGAGUGUAGUGGAGCAGCAGCAUUACUCUGUGACUCCUCCCGACCAGCCUUCGUUGGCAGUGUCCCACAAAACUCCCCGAUCGUUGACCCCCAACACCUUCGUCACGACCACGUUUUCCUACCGAUCUACCCUGGGUGGCGGUAAAAGGCAUGAGAAGGCGGUGGAUGAAUCCAUCGAUGAAGGCGAGGAUCAUAGCCCGCGGCGAUUCGGCGAAUGGAUCUCUGGCUGGGGAGCCAAGCGGAUCCAGCGCAGCAUCGAGUCCAUCGCAUCCAACAAGACCGACGACCAAAUGAUUAAGUCAAGGGACGGGAUGAAAAUCGUCCUAGAACGAUUGCGGAACAAUGGCGUCCUCUCCGUGUUGCGGGAGCUAAGGGAACUCAAGCGACGGGAGGGUAAGGCCCUGUUGGAACCGUGAUUUAUUCGGUCACUGUCACAAAACCUGUAUAUCCAAAUGUGGAAUUUCAAAAUUAGCAAGGCGUUGGGGACUAAGCUAGGAGGGGAAGCAAAAAUGUGGAGGGGGGUUUCUCGAAUUCAUCAUGAACGAACGAACGAAUGUAACUUGGGCUGAUACCAUAGCGACGAGGAAAGGGGGAGAGGACGGGCGGGAGGCUGAUUUGACGAGUCGGGUGAUGCCCUAUGAUUCCUCUGAUACGACUUAGUUGGGUAGGACAUGGUGUAGUUCGCUUUUUCUACUCCCCUCAUGUAUCAAUUCAUUACGAUAUUUCAACAAUCAUGACUUCUCAAGGCGGCUACUGUGUAUUUUGUCUUUAUGGUACUCUGAAAGUAAUUUCAUCGUUUACACACGACAUGCAGUAUCCCCUAUCAUGACAAUGUGGGCAUGCUUAACUCUACUACUAUUCGCACUAACCUACCUACCUACCAAUAUCCCAACCUUUCAAUCUACGUACCUGGGCACUUUCCAAUAUAAGGUAAAUAUAUCAAUCUAUCAAUCUAUCAAUCAAGCAGCCG